AUGGGUCCGAAUCUCAUUUCUUGGUCAUCAAAGAAGCAAACUUCAGUCUUUCGUUCUAGUACCAAAGUUGAAUACAGAGGAGUUUGUAAUCUUGUUACUGAACUAUUGGCAAUCAAAAAGCUUACGCUUGAAAUCAACAUAAGCAUACCAGUACCAGUGAUUCAGUGUGACAAUCAGAGAGCAAUACUCCUGGCAGCCAAUUUGGUUAAGCACUCUCAUUUAAAAUACUUUGAAACGGAUGUUUAUUUUCUUAGAGACUAUGUUGCCAAGGGGACUUUUCGAGUCCCAGGUGACUUGCAAGUUGCAAAUAUUAUGACUAAAGCUGUGUCUUCGAAUAAGUUCUUGGAAUUUAGAGACACUCAGGAUGCAAAGUUUUAG